UUUUUUGUCAUCUUUAUGACCGGUUCACCAUACGAUGCAUUGAAGUAUUUCACCCGGCAUGGAGCUGCAGGACCUCAGCCUGGAGACUGUUGAACGGCACCACAUCAAUGACAUGUGCAACAGCGGCUGAGCUCCUGUGCUGGAACAGGACUAUCGGCUGCGCUGUUCAAUGCUUACAGGCGUUAAUCGUCCGAACAGCCCGUGGCUGACUUAUGUUGUGGAGAUUUUGAGAGAAUAAAACAAAACCAAGGCCAUACCCCAAGCCUCUCCAAGAAGCGUACAAUCCUGUGUCGAGGUGGACGGGCCUCAUCUGCGCCCAUACGUAUCUUCAGCUCUCUCCUGAUGCCUCGAUGCGGAUAUUGGAUGGUAGCCGGACGAUAGGAGGCGUCUGGAGCAAGGAGAAGGUGUACCCAGACCUCUAUGCUCAAAUCGCACACCCUCUCUUCGAGUACAGUUGCUAUCGUAUGCCGGCAGAGGGUCUCAGCCCCGACGGAUUCAUCUCCGGUCAUACUAUUCACAAGUAUCUGACCAGCUUCGCACGCGACCAUGAUUUGGUCCGACGGAUGCAAUUGGAAACAAACGUCACCAAGGUAGAACGUACCACAUCCGGAGGAUGGUCGUUGGAAGUCGACAACGGCCCAGCAGUGACCUGUGACAAGCUUAUAUGGGCUGUUGGUGGUACUUCGAGUCCUAUUGUUCCCAAAUGGCCAAGCAAGAACUUCAGCAGCCCCAUCAUCCAUUCCUCGCAAGUGGGUGACAACCUCGCAGCCAUCGAAAAGAUUGAGACCGCGAUUGUCGUUGGUGCCGCCAAGUCCGCGCUGGAUACCGUCUACAUGUUACUCAAGGCUGGUAAGAAAGUCGACUGGCUCAUUCGCGAGGAAGGUGCCGGACCACUGGCUAUGGCAUCUCCCACGUUUUUCGGACUUUGGAACAUCAUCGAUGUCAUCUCGACUCGAUCAGUGGCAAGCUUCAGCCCUAGCAUCAUGAACACGACCGGUAUCUGGUACAAUGCCAUCAGCCAGACCAGCAUUGGUCGGUUCACGACCAAGGCGAUCUGGUGGGCUGUCGACAAAUACUCAGCAUACUGUGCCGGCUAUUCUGCUAACGAGAACUUUGAAAAGCUCAGGCCAGAGCCACGUGGAUUCGGAUUGUUCUGGGCCCAAGCAGGUCUAGGAGCAGCAUCGGCUCCCGAUUUCUGGAAAACCAUGCAUGAAGGAGACCUCACUGUACACCGAAGUGAGAUCACGUCUUUGACAGACAAAGAUAUCGCACACCUCAAGAGCGGUGCUUCCGUCCAGACAGACAUGAUCUUGGCGUGCUCCGGGUAUGAGAAGCCAUAUAGGUCUUUCGGCAAAGGCUUGCGAGUUGACCUCGGCUUGACCUAUGGCAAGAAUGACACCAUUAAAUGGGCCAAGCUUGAGGCCCAGGGUGAAGAAGAAGUCGACCGGAUGCUACCUAUCCUCAAAGAGUGGAGCCCCCAGGGCGCGAAAAGCUCCCUGGCGCCACACGACGAUGAGCACCUUCACGGACCUAGUCGACAUUACCGUCGUCUCGUCCCACCUUCGGCCGCUGCGCAAAACGACCGCACAAUCUUCUUCCCCGGCAUGGUCCACAGUAUCUUUACUCCUUUGAUUGCUGAGACGCAGGCGCUGUGGGGAUGCGCAUACCUUCUUGGCCACCUCGACCUACCCAACGAAGAGCAGAUGAACCAGGAAGUUGCCACGUUUAACGUGUGGACACGCAAGCGAUACCUGGCCCAAGGCCGCAAACAUGCAUAUGCCAUCUUCGAUUUCCUGUCGUACAUUGACACACUCUGCCGCGAUCUUGGAAUCAAGACCGCAAGGAAGGGCAAUUGGUUCUCUGAGAUGUUCGUACGGUACAAGCCCAGUGACUACAACGGUAUGUUGAAGGAGUUCGCCGAAGCUCAACGCGCCAAGGGAAAAGUGAUCACCUUGGAGAAGAAGAUGGCUUAGGCGCCGUAUCUGUGCAGUUGGUGAGGUGCAAGGCGAGUUUGGUACCUGGCACCCUAAAUCAGACCCAUUUGGACUCCUAAGUUGCGAAUGAGCAAGCAUGCAGGCAAUGCAGAUUCAAUCUGGACAGGAUGGGCGUUCGGCGAUCGUUGUCAAGGAACAGGAGAAUGGCUUCAUCCCUUGACUAGUUCUAUCAUGAGCAAAAGAACCUUGACCUUCGAUCUUCCCACACUCGUCCGAUAAUUACUCUAAAGAAACCGGAACGGAGCAGGCAGAUGAUCGAAUGCGUCGGACAGGGGGAAAAGGGGCUUGUUUCCACCUCAGCCCCGUGAUCCACCGUAUUACGUAUAUGGAGUUGUGCUUCCCACCAGAAGCCCAGACCAUCUUCAGGCAUACC